UGAAUGUACAUUUUCAGCUAUGAAACUCUGCAAAGGGGAAGGGCAGAGGUAGGAUGAAAACUACCACAAUUGACUUGUUGACCAUUCAGCAUCAGUCCAACCCUGUGAAGGAAUUUGAUCCUGACAAAGCAAUUAAACUCUGGAUGAAAACUCCAUGUGGACAACGAAGACGCCUGAACUAUAAAAGAGCUCCUGUGACAGCUCCAUUUAAUACAGAUAAUGCAGAACCCAUUGAUGUUGUGGAAUCAAAUGAGGAGACAGAGGAAGAACCACAAGUGCUUGAUAUCCUGAAGGUGGAAAAUGAGGUUGAAGAGGAAGGAGAGAUUGAAACAGAGUGUGGCACAGACAGAAAAUUAUCCGACUUCAGUGACUCAGAUUCUGACAGUGAUGUUGAUGUUGAAUUAACAGAAAUUGAAGUAGAGAGAGAACUGGAGAGAAUACAAUCAAUAAAAUAA